AUGUAUGGAAUAAUUCAUAAUGCAUCAAUUGAAAUUCCUUUUGAUAUACCUGGUAAUCUUAGUCAUAAAUCAUUAGCUUCAUAUUGUGAUGAAUGUCUUUGUGAAGCAUUUAAUCAUCCUAAUGUAACAUUAUUAACAUGUACUGAAAAUGAAACGAUGAAUUUUAUUUGUCAAUUUUAUUAUUUUAUGCCUAGACGAGAUGAAAUUAUAUAUCCAAGCAAUGAUACAAAAAUAUAUUUAAUACAAAAUAAAACAUUUGAAGAAACAGAUGACUGUUGUAAUACAACAUAUCUUAUUGAAAGAAUUAAUGAAGCAUUAGGUAAAAAAAGAGCCAUUUUCAACGGAAGCCUACGUUUUCUUGUUCGUGGCGAUCAUAAUACGAUAGUUUCAACAUCUAACAACAAAUUAAUGAAAUUUGAUACAUCAACGCUCGAAGUAGUUAGUAGCUCUAUACCUAUUCCGAGUUCUUCAACUGUUGGUUAUCGUAAUAAAUAUUAUUAUCUUGGUAAAGAAAAUAUAAUACAUGUUUAUGAUGAAACAUUAAGUUCAAAUAUAACAAGCUUUUCAGUUGGAAAUGGUAUAACAGCUAUUCGUUUUCUUAGUAAUGAGCAAAUGCUUGUAGGUACAGCUGGGUCAGGUGGAUUUAUAUGUGAAACACAACAAGAAAUGUUUAAUAACUGUUCAAAUACUCCAAUGGUACCUGCAACUGGACAAUUACAUGCUUUUGGUGUUGUUAAUGAAAACGCAUUUUAUGCUGGUUGGGAUCAACAAAAUCAGAGCCUUCGUUUAUAUAAGAAAGAUCAGAAUAAUUCAUGGACAGAAAGUAUAAAUGAUACUAUUACUCAAAAUGAGAAAAUAUCAGAUAUCGUUAUUGAUAAUUGUGAUCGAAUAUGGGCAGUUAUAGUAGAGAAGAACAUAAUAGUUAUCUAUGAUCAAAAUAAAGCUCAUCCAUAUAAUAUAACAUUUAAUUCAAAUAUGUUUCAGUCUAGUAUAUUUAAUCUUUUUAUUCUUGACAAUUAUACAUUUGUUACAUCGCAUGAAAAAGGGCCUGGUUUAAAUCUUUUCGAACCAAAUCUGAAUUGUCGUCGUAAAAAAAAAUAA